CGGGGAUCCUGUGCGUUACUGUUAGAUCGAUGCUGGAUCAAAACAAACAAGUCAUUCAUUUCAACAGACGCGCUCAGAUGUUUGCGGCGAGUCCCGGUGAAGGACAUUUAACGUCGGGUGGAUCGGGUCACGACAGGGUAGCGACUCUUUCAGCCGUCCGUACGUGACGAUCACUUCCUGUGGACGCGACGGGGUCGCUCUGACCACGGUCUCGGCUGCGGAGUCCACUUCGCAUUUUGAGCGACGCCCCCAAAUUCCGUGCAGAGUGUUUGCAGACCCUCCGGGACGGAGAGGUGGAGGAGGAAUCGGCAGCUCCGCGGUCCGUGUGCGCUGCGAUCACCACGCCAUUAGUUCAUGACUUCAUCAUAUCUUUGACAGGAGAGUUCGGCUCGCAUUCGGACGCUCUCUAGGACUGUGAGGCUGCUGCAGAGAAUGGGAAUAGGGACACAGGCCAAGGCUUGCCAUUUUGGCUGAAGUAACAGCAGGACGGUUGUCAACCCCGCAUCGGCUUCAAUCCGCUUCUGCCUCACCUUUCCUCCCACACACACACACACACACACACACACACACACACACACACACACACACACACACACACACACACACACACAAAGACUGACACCCCCACACAGCCACUGCUAUGUCCACCGCUGUAGACAUCGCUGGCCCUUCCUCCCCAGAUCAGCCCCACAGCAGCGCUAAAAUCCCCAAUGAGCCACUGAGACCCAGCCUUAAGCGCUCCAACCAUCCCUACAACCUCUCUCAUUACAUCUCCACCCCUUCCCAGGCUGUAGACGUAAAAAGCCUCAUUCAGCCCUCCCCAGCCCAACAGCAGGCCGCCCAGCCUGGGCAAACUAAGCCUCGCCGGGCCCCAUCCUGGCCCGACAUGUUCGAGUCGCCCAGCGGGCUCCACCUGGCCCACGCCGCAGAGCUGCUGAUGCGCGCUGGGCUCCUGGCUCUGACCCCCGCCACCACAGAGCCGGCCAGCCUGGGAGCGCAGAGCAACCAGCCGGCUAAGAGGGAGGCUGCAGAGGCGAAGGCUGCGAAAGGGGACGGGGAGGGAGGUGGUUCAGGGCCCGAGGAGGAGGAAGAGGACUCCUCUGGAUGUGGGACUGACUUCCAACCGUUCCUGGGUGCUUGGUUUCCAUUCAGCCCCGCUCUGUUGCCACUGGCAGGCUUCCAGAUGGGGGCAGGCCACUGGAGGAGCACGGCCAUGGGCGCGGAGAGCAUCGAGGGCUUGGUGGCCGAGGGCUACUCUCCCGGCUCUCUGGGCGGGGGCAGCGGAGGGAGGAGGAAGAGGAAGAGGUGCGGGGAGUGCGUACCUUGCCGGCGUCAGACGAACUGCGAACAGUGCAGCAGCUGUCGCAAUCGCAAGAGGGGACACCAGAUCUGUAAAUACAGGAAGUGUGAGGAGCUGAAGAGGAAGCCUGGAGGCCCCGGGUUCGAGAGCAGAGUGUCUGGGUUUGAUCUAAGGGGCUCCGACUUUACUUUGGGCCUGGCGCAGGAGAGGAGCAAUGGCGCUUUGGAAGGAUAGUGAUGCUCGCAGUGGCACCAUUUGUCAGAGGAUUCCGGUUGGAUGAUUGUUGACGAGCUGCAGUUUAAUAAAAAACACACGGGGGCCCUACGUCGACGCGCUCGGACUGUGGUUCAAAGCUUUUCAGAUGUCGUGUUUUAGUGAGGAGCUGCAGCUCAAGUUUAAGAAUGUCCACACGUUCCCAUCCUUUCUUUUGACAAUCAGUGAAACGGGGAGGAGAGAGAGAGAAAAAAAGGAUACCAAUGCGUGUCAAAAAUUCAGACGACGACAACAACAACAACAACAAUGCUGUAAAUAGACUGUAAAUAUCAGGAAAACAUUAUGUCUUUUUUUACAUCCCUUUCCAGUUUGGAUGUAUUGUGUUUCAACCAUAAAAAAAGGAGCCAAAUGUUUUGUUUCUCUUGGGGAGUUUUGAUUCUGUUGUUCUGACGUCACUGCAUCAGUAAGAAAUGAAUGAGUUCAGCUUAGGCUAAAUUAUUUCAUGUGCAACUUGUACUGUAUAGCUCUGUUUGCCCUUUUGAAAUAAAAGAAAUUGGCCACGUG